ACCCCCGGGCACCGUUGCUGCAGCGGCACCGGUGCUGGCAGGCUGGCUGGGGAUCAUGUGACUCCUUCAUUUCCGAGACAACAAUACAACACCGAGUCGGUCUGCAGCGUCUCUCCCUCCCUCCCGCUCUCUCUCUCUCUCUAUCUCUCUUUCCCCCCCGUACCUGCGCCUCGCUCUCGGCAUGGCGGACGGCGAGAGGUCCCCGUUACUCUCCGAUCUGGGGGAUGGUGCUCUCGGCAGCGGUAACGGCGGGGUGUCUCCCGGCGCUGGGUCCUACAGCGUGCCCAACAAACCCGAGAGCUUCCCUCCUUUCCCCAGUGCCAGUCAGCCCUCGGUGCUCCUAGGGGAGGACCCCCCGCCCUACUCCCCGCUCACCUCCCCGGAGAGUGGGAAUGCCCCGGUUAUCAGCUGCAGGGUGUGUCAGAGCCUCAUCUCUGUGGAGGGCAAGAUCCACCAGCACGUGGUCAAGUGUGGGGUUUGCAACGAAGCGACGCCCAUUAAGAAUGCCCCGGCAGGAAAGAAGUACGUCCGCUGCCCUUGCAACUGUCUUCUCAUCUGCAAAGUCACCUCUCAGAGGAUCGCCUGUCCCCGGCCGUAUUGUAAGAGGAUAAUAAAUCUGGGUCCAGUUCAUCCCGGUCCGGCCAGUCCCGACCCUCAGCCUGCCGGAGCCCGGGUCUCCUGUGGACACUGCAGCAACACCUUCUUGUGGACAGAGUUCACGGACCGGACGCUGGCCAGGUGCCCGCACUGCAGGAAAGUGUCCUCCAUUGGUCAGCGGUACCCCCAGAGGCGAAGUUUGUGGUGCUUUCUACUCUGUUUGCUGUUCAGCAUCUCCACUGCUGGACUAAUGGCUGGAACGUGGGCGAAGGCUCAGAUCUACCCGGGGAUCUACGCCUCCUGGGCCGUCAUGCUGCUCCUGGUCCUGGUCACCUUGGCCCGGGCCUUUUACUGGGUGUGCAUGAGGGUCAGCCAGCCGCUCCAGAACUUCACAUAGAGACCCCCCCCCACCCACCCUUCGCCGUCAUCUGCCGCCAUCCUGGCCCAACAGGAACGACGAAAGAUGGCUUCUAAACAGAAUAUCUAUAUUUAAUCUGCCCCCCGUGAAGAAGUCCUGCUCAUCUCCCCCCCCCCCCCCCUCCAGUCAGACGUGUCUCCAGAAGCGGAGCGGUGGAGGCUACGGCUGCUCGGUAUCUCCCGGUAACUAUCAGGUGGCUUGCGGCCUGAUGUAACGAUGUCCUAAUCCAAUCACGUGGCCGGUGUGGGGUUCAUUUUAACAUUUUAACACUCGUUUUCCUCCUCAUGCCUGCGGCGUCAGUCUGUGGCGCUCCUCCGCUCCCCCCCGUCUGUCCAGACUCUCACGUAAAAACCGUUCAGCCUUUAAGAUGUUCAGACCGCAAAGAAACCAUCAGGCGACGCUAUUAACGCCUCUUUUUUUUUUUCUUUUUUUUUUUUUUUUUGCCAAUCAAAAUAUCAAGAAGCUGUUCGAAACGUCUGUGGAAGAUUACGACUUUAGCGGCGUACGAACACAGGCCCGACGACAACUUUUAGCGUUCAUGUCAAAAAUUAUUCCCCUUGGGACCGACUUUGAUCGGAAUCAGGUUGAAAAGCCUUAAGAGGAGGCGUGGCAGAAGGAUUCAGCACGCAGACACGCCGCCUCGUGAAUGCAUCGCGCCGUCACACCACAAAGGAGAGAGAUGCUCCUUUUUUUCAGAGUCGCCUGAUUGUGGCCCAGCCUCCCUCUUCAAAGACGGACCUAAAAGCAGAUUUCAUCCUCGCUUUUGUCCGUAUCUCGGCAGUGGAAGAAGAAACCCAGUUGAAAGGUUUCUUGUUUGAUAAGAGCAAAGCUGCUAGAUUUAUCUUGAUUACACGUUAUCUUGUUUUUAUUUUUGUAUUUAUAGUCAAACAUUUAGUAUAUCAUAUAAAGCUAAUGACGUUCACAUCUCCUGCCACGUUGUCUUUAGCGAAUCUGGUCCCUCUCUGUUUCAUACGGAGAGUUUUCUAACUUCACUUUGGCGCUCCAGCACCGUUGCGUUCAGCGCAGACCGGCCUGAAAGGCCCGAGUGUUUCCUCUCCCGCGACUUUUACCGGUUGCCGUCGGGAAAGUUAAAUGAGGAGAACUUAGCGCUUUGCUUUUGAAGACGGAGGCUGAGCUCUGAGCGGUCGCAGCCGGAGUGAUUCAGUAAAAUAAAGACGACUACGACACACUACUACGUUCACCCUCACCCGUUCCGUUUGCUGGUUCUGAUCGCAUUUAUGGUUUAUGUACAGUAUGAUUUAUUUUAUUCUUUUUUUUUUUUUUUUUUCUGUUCGAUUUGUAAAUUUGUAAAUUUACGUCCGCGGAACACACAGGAAAAAAAUAACAAAAACAAAAAAAACGAUUUCUGUUCCUCUCCUGAGUUUAACACUAGCUGCUGUGAUUGUUAAGUUUAUUUGUUUUUAAGAGAGUUAUUUUUGCAGCUCCUCUUCUGUUACGUAUUUAAUGCGCCGGUUUCUUACUAACCCAACGAGCCUCCGGACACCUUGGCUGUGUCCAAAACCACGUCGACAUGCAGACACUGAGACGGCGUAAAGGACGAAGACUGGGUCAACCUGCUGCACUGAACUGAGCUCAGACGGUUCAUACGGGGGUGUCAUCUUAUUUAUAAUGCACACUGCAAAAUGGGAUCACUUUUACAAUCCACACUUUUUUUUUGUUUUUUUUUACCCUCUUAUUAUGGGUGAAUUCUGACAUGGAGUGAGGUUUUUUUUUUCACAACCUCCCCCUGUUUUAUAUUUAUUUCCAGUACAAUAAUCUACCUGUCUCCAGAGCAUUUAUUUAUAAGGGCAACAUGAGGUAAAAGUGAUCCUUUUUGCACUGGAGUGAUCUUCUUUUAUUCUCGAUGACUGCAAACUAAAUUAAUCAUGUUAAACCCAAUAAUCAAGAAGCUGAUUGAUGCUCUUUUCAGAGUCCGUUUACACUCAAAUAAAGACAUGAUGAUGAUGACGAUGA